CCUUGCCAACCAAUGAGGGAUCUCUGAGACGACCUUAUUGUAGGCAGUCCUUGAACAGUCUUGACCCACAGCUUUUGCGGCUCUCGGCCGACGGGCCCAUAGACCCCGCCCUUCCAAGAUUCCACCCAACUAGACUCCGCCCCUCGAAGCCCGCCCCACAUGACCCCGCCCCCUCGAAGCUCCACCCCCGGGACGGGACCGGGGUGUGAGGUGCGGGGGGUGCUGUGGGCUGGUUCGUCCUGCUCUGCGGCGGCGGCGGCGGCGGCGGGUCGGAUCAGCUUCCCGAUUGUCCUUAGAUCCCGAGCUACGGAGCUGAGCGUCGUUGACUGCAGCGGCGGCGGAUCGGAUCAGCCUCCUGAUUAUCUCAGAUCCUGAGCUACGGAGCUUAGCAGAGCAGGGGCUAGUGAGACAGUCGGUUCUUUCGUGAAGGACGGCUGCAGGUCAUUGAAUUUUCUGGAGCUUCCCAAGGCAAGAGAGUGGAGAGCAGCCACACACCUUUAGCCCGCAGCAUGCCAGCACUGUCAACCGGAUCUGCUGGAGAAAUGGGUCUGUAUGAGCUAUUGGCUGCUCUGCCUGCCCAGCUGCAGCCACAUGUGAAUAGCCAGGAGGACCUGACCUUCCUCUGGGACAUGUUUGGUGAAAAGAGCCUGCAUUCACUGGUCAAGAUUCAUGAAAAACUUCACUACUAUGAGAAGCAGAGUCCAGUGCCCAUUCUACAUGGGGCAGCAGCCCUGGCUGAUGAUCUGGCUGAAGAGCUACAGAACAAGCCACUAAGCAGUGAGAUGAGAGAGCUGCUGAAACUGCUGUCAAAACCCAACGUGAAGGCUUUGCUGUCAGUACAUGAUACUGUGGCUCAAAAGAGUUAUGAUCCUGUAUUGCCUCCUAUGCCUGAUGAUAUCGAUGAUGAAGAAGACUCUGUGAAAAUAAUCCGCCUGGUCAAGAACAGAGAACCCCUGGGUGCAACCAUUAAGAAAGAUGAACAGACGGGGGCAAUCAUCGUGGCCCGGAUCAUGCGGGGAGGAGCUGCAGAUAGAAGUGGUCUUAUUCACGUGGGUGACGAGCUGAGGGAAGUGAAUGGGAUCCCAGUAGAAGACAAGAGGCCUGAGGAAAUAAUACAGAUUUUGAGUCAGUCCCAGGGAGCAAUUACAUUUAAGAUAAUACCCAGCACCAAAGAGGAGACAGCUUCCAAGGAAGGCAAGAUGUUUAUCAAAGCCCUUUUUGACUAUGAUCCAAAGGAGGACAAGGCGAUCCCAUGUAAGGAGGCGGGGCUGUCUUUCCAAAAGGGAGACAUUCUUCAGAUUCUGAGCCAAGAUGAUGUGACUUGGUGGCAGGCGAAACACGAAGGCGAUGCCAACCCCAGAGCUGGCCUGAUUCCCUCCAAGCACUUCCAGGAACGAAGACUGGCGCUGAGAAGACCAGAAAUAAUAGUCCAGCCUCUGAAACUUUCCAACAGGAAAUCAUCUGGUUUUAGAAGAAGUUUCCGUCUUAGCAGAAAAGAUAAAAAAACUAACAAGUCUAUGUAUGAGUGCAGAAAGAGUGACCAGUAUGACACAGCGGACGUGCCCACAUAUGAGGAAGUGACACCAUACCGGCGGCAGGCUCAUGAGAAAUACAGGCUUGUAGUCCUGGUUGGUCCUGUCGGAGUUGGGCUGAAUGAGCUGAAGCGGAAGCUGUUGAUGAGUGACACCCAACACUAUGGUGUGACAGUGCCCCAUACCACUAGAGCAAGACGAAGCCAAGAAAGUGAUGGUGUGGAAUAUAUUUUUAUUUCUAAGCAUUUGUUUGAGACAGAUGUACAAAAUAACAAGUUCAUUGAAUAUGGCGAAUAUAAAAACAACUACUAUGGCACAAGUAUAGACUCAGUUCGCUCUGUCCUAGCUAAGAACAAAGUUUGUCUGCUGGAUGUCCAGCCUCAUACAGUGAAGCACUUAAGGACACUGGAGUUCAAACCCUAUGUGAUAUUUAUAAAACCUCCGUCAAUAGAACGUUUGAGAGAGACAAGAAAAAAUGCAAAGAUUAUUUCAAGCAGAGAUGACCAAGGAACAGCAAAACCCUUCACAGAAGAAGACUUUCAAGAAAUGAUUAAAUCGGCACAAAUAAUGGAAAGUCAAUACGGCCAUCUUUUUGACAAAAUUAUAAUAAAUGAUGAUCUCACCAUGGCAUUUAAUGAGCUAAAAACAACAUUUGACAAACUAGAGACUGAUACCCAUUGGGUCCCUGUGAGCUGGUUACAUUCAUAACUCAAGAAAAUUUCCUUAAUUUUUUUUUUUUUUACAGAGUGCAUGAUUAGGUCAGCUACCAUGUUUUUGGUAGGAUUUUCUUAAACCUCUAUCACUGUCAUAGAUGUAAAGUCUUUAUAAAAUUUCAGUGUGGUUUUGUUUAUAUCUUUUAGAGCCUUAUUUGAAUCAUAUGACUGCACAAUCUAAAAGUCAAAAUCGGCACUGUGUAAAACUUUGAAUUCCCUGAUUGCCCUUAGUUCUGUCUCUGUUGUGAGAGGCAGUGUAUCAGAGUUCAUGCCCCACCUAUACUUGCUGCCCUUCACUUUGCAUGCUUGCAGUUGACAGCAUGAACUUAGUCACCUUGGGCAGCUCCACAGGUUUGAUUGAGCUGGAAAUAAGACCCCAUCCUAUUACUGCUCCUGUGCACAGAGUAUGUUCUUUGUGUGUUUUUUGUUCUUAAGGAAGUAGCUCACAUAUUAUAGAUUAGGAAAUCAUUUGGAGUACAUAUAGAUGCUGCAAAUAUUCUAUAAGGGAAAAAUGGAUCUUUUUUUGUAAGUUGAGGGUCUUACUAUGCUCUCUACACUGGCCUUGAACUCAGCCCUCCUUUGCCUCAACCUCCCAAGUAGGGGUACAUGCCACUGCAACAGGUUUGGAAAUAGAUUUAAGUAAUAUUAUAGAUGUAGACCAAAACCCUUCCUUGUGGUUUAGUAAGGAUAAUUAUUUUAGGGCAAGCAAUGAUCACAAAGCAAUUCCUGUUUUAACCUGUUACUUUUCAGAAGACAUUUUUGUAGUCAAAAUGUUUUAUUCUCUUGCUUUGGAAGUUUUCAGUGAAUUAUAAGAAUGAGAUACAUAUUCUAAACGUUUAACACACAUAGUUAAGGAAAAAGUGAUCAUGUUUCCGUACUGUGCAAUCACCACAUGUUUAAAUUGUGCUACGGUGUAUUCUAGAAGCCUUAUAUUGUGUUAACUUUUUUUGAUCAAUUAAUAAUUUGAUUAUUAAUAUUGGCCAGAUUUCAUCUCAACCUAUUCUGAAAGAAGAUGAAAUUUUUAAAUGUUUAGAUGACAUUGCUCUUUUUUCUUUGAUGCUAUAGGUCUCCAGCAAGUGAAUAAUUUAUCAUAUUACAAAUGUCCCACAGUUCAGAGAGCUCCUGCCAUUCCUGUGAGCAGUGUGACUCAGCCAAUAGAAAAAUCAUCACAUCUAUGACUUUAAUACAAAAAUAUUUUUGUUGCUUUGAAGAGCGUUUAAUUGUCAUGCUUAAAGAAAAAUAAAAUAUAGGGAAUUUUAUAUAUUUGUGAGAUAUUUGAAAGACAUAUUUUUAGUUAUCAAAUAGGGUUAUUCAUAAAAUAAAUUGUAUAUAAAGAUAUAAUUUAAAGUAGUAGUUUUAUAAGCAAGGUCAGCAUUCCAUGUAAAUAUUUGACCUGUUGCAGGUAGAUCCCCACAUGUUACAUGUUCACUGUCAUGUGAUAGUGUCCUUGCUAACUUUCCUUAUGACAUGUCGAAUUACUGUGAGAAGCAGACACAGAAGUUACUCUAGAGACCUCAUUAUUCAUUCAGUCCCACAGCCAGAUCAUUGGACUAAUGAACAUAGUCUAUGCAAAUUCUGUAUUUAUUAAUUAAAUGAUAAGCCAUGCAGUUUAAACACAGAUAGGAUGGCUAGCAGAUUCCUGUACUGAAGCCAGUGACCUGUGUGGCCUGUCUAGAAGCACAAGUCUUAGAGAAUUGGUUUGCGUGGAAUAUUAGGGAAUGCCUACACUUCUCAUAAAGCAAGUUUCUGUACCAAGAAUGAUGAGGAAUGCAUACCAGCAUAGGGCAUUCUGUGGAUACUUUAGGUAUCCCAGUUUCCUUAAUCCAAGAUAUCUUUGUUGAUUUUUUCUUUCUUUUUGGGAUUGUUGUCUCCAUUUUUUUUAUUUUAGGGUAGAACUUGUAUAGUGCAGUGGAAAUUUUGAGUCCUUAUAAGUAGUAUAGGUGAUGGAUGAAAUGUUAUGAAAAUAUAAAUAUCUGUACUUUUUAGACCAGAGCUAAACAACAUUUUCUUAAAAUGAUGAAAAUAAAAACAGUUUAAGAAAUCAGGUGUCAUGUAGGCUUACCUGUGCUUUGAUGCUUACAAAGAGAUUGAAUUAGAAUGUAAUAAGCCAGGCCAACAAAAGGCUGUGGAUCCCUGUAGUAAGAGGCAACCUCUCUCUGCUCUCUGGCCUCAGCACUCCUACCACCGAGAAGAACUCUCUGAGCUCUCAGCAGCCUGUUCCUGGGAUGGCAUGGCAGCCACUGUUAGAGAAGAAACAACUGUUUCAGUGUUUGUACAAUUAAAAUUGAACUUUGCGUGUAAUGUUGUUCUCCUUGUCCACCUCCCAGUUAGAGUGGCCUAAAUGUAAAGAGAUAAAAUUGAAACAAUAACCAUGGUUUCCCUGAGUAAUGUGGAAACUUGGCAUCUGUAAGGCUGGCAUUUCUGGUACUAUUUAAUCAUUGAGUGUGCCUAAAGUGUAGUCAUUUAAAAUGAGCAAACAUGUAAAUUCAGAUUACAAAACUAUGGAGUCAAAAUGUCCCUAAAGAUGCAGAUUUUUAUUUAUUUUCCUUUGGCCCAUGAUGAAUUUAUUGAUAAAUGUAAUGGAAAGUUUUUUAGUCUUAAUAAAAUAUCUUCAAGCAAUAUAACUGCUUGAAAGUUGUAUAGUACUUGAGUACGCUAUAAUUGCUCUACCCUGUGUUGCUUUUUCCACGGUGGAAAAAAUUCCUUCCUUCACUAUGAUGUAAUUUAUUUGAUCUUUCCAUGCCUAAAAUUGAAUGUUAUAUUUCUUUUCAAAUAAUGCUUUCAUCAAGAUUAUUGGACAGAUGGAGCUCGCUGGUCUUAGUCUGUAAGUGUAGCAGUUUGAAGAUGUACAGAAGGAGAAUAGGAUGGGUGGUCCAAACCAGUGUGUUGGGAUGCCCAUCCUCACCUUCCCCAUUUGGAAUCGGGAUGCUACAUCCUCCUCUUGAUUUAGUUACAUGAAACGGACCUUGUCAGCUGUGCAUAGAAGAACUGUCUUCUACCUUAUGGAGCACCUAAUUGAUAAUGGUCUUGCUUCAGUCAUUGUAGUUAGCCCAGCCCUUCUUCCACAGGAAGAUUUAUGAUAUAGCACUGAAGAGUCUGAUUGAUCAGGUGAGUGAUCAAUUGAUUUUUAUAGGGCUGAAUCGAACUUGGGGCAUUUCACCUGCUAGUCAUACAUAUAACUACCACUGCAUUAAGUCCCCAGCCCUGAAUCUAAAGUUCUUGUUUGAUUUCUGGUUUUUAUGAUUACCAGCAUUGAGACGUUGGUGGGUGGUACAUUGAAUAUCUCAUCAUCAUUUCUUGCCAGGAAGAUGUAGAAAAUAUUAUCAAACAUCUGAUAGGUUUGCUCUGGUCAUGAAGUGACAGAAUUUGUGUGGAAUAUUUAGAACGAAAUGAAGUACGGAAGUACCCAGUGAUGGUGAAUUGUGUUUAAUGGUGGUGCUUUCCAUCAUAGUUUAAUCAUAGGUUAGUGUUCUUCAUCACCCUGAGUAAUAAACUCAUGAGUCACAGCAAGUAAUUUCUGCAAUAACCUUUAUUUUUGGGGAAGCUCCAUUGCAUUCAACCAUGCAACACAUUGUAAUUAGUAGGUAAUUCUUAGUAGGAUGGGAAUCACAUUUUUAAGCCACUGGCUCUGGUGUAAUAUACUUAAUAACAAUUUGGAAGAAAUACC